AUGUUUUAUGGUGUCUUGGGUACAGGAGUUGCUUUGGGAGACAGUUGGAUUUCCCCUGAAGAUUUUGUGUUUUCGUGGGGGCCUCUUCUUAAGGAUGUGUCCCGCAUUGACAACAAUGGCUUGAACCAAUCAAACAGCUUAGCUCUAAAGAUUCAGCAGCAACUGGCAGAAGGGAAGUAUGAAGAUGCAACACAAACAUGGGGUGAUCUUGAAGAUGUUAUUUUGGAUCACAGUAAUGAUGUGGACUUUUAUAACUUCAUGUUGGAUGCUGGAAAUGGCGUUGCUACGUCAACAACAAAGACAUUGAAAGGGGUAGAAAAGUACUUGACAUAUCUCAGCAUCAAGUUUUCAUCAACCAAUGGGGCAUCAGCUGUUGACUUGGAUAGCUUCAUGAAUGGGCCCAUUAGAGAGAAGCUACAGAUUAUCCCACAGAAUUUAACAUGGGGAGAACAGAGUGACAUUGUAUUUUAUGCCAUGGUUGGCGAUUUUAUGAAACCAAGAAUCAAGGAGGUUGAUGAGCUCCUAACCAAAGGCGUAAAUGUGACCAUAUACAAUGGGCAGGAACAAAAGAUGGGUCUGAAAAUUGGGGAUAUGUCGAAGUUCGUCCCAGCCCACCUGUUUUGGUGGCACUACAGAAGUCCUUACAGAGUUGAAGAUCCAUCCAAUCCAUGGCCAAUAAUUCUUUGGCUCCAAGGGGGUCCUGGAGCUUCUGGAGUUGGAUUUGGAAAUUUCCUUGAAAUUGGACCAUUGGAUAUAAACUUAGAGCCCCGAAAUUCAACUUGGCUCAAGAAAGCUGAUCUGCUAUUUGUGGAUAGCCCAGUUGGAACAGGUUUUAGUUAUGUCGAGGAUGAAAAAUUGGCAGUUAAGACUGAUGACGAGUCAGCAACUGAUUUAACAACCUUGUUGAAGUUUCUGUUCAAUAAUGAUGAGAGCCUCCAGAAAAGCCCUUUGUACAUUUUUGCAGAAUCCUAUGGAGGGAAGUUUGCUGUUACACUUGGGGUGUCAGCUCUUAAGGCAAUUGAAGCAGGGGAAUUAAAACUUCAACUUGGAGGCAAUAAUUUCUUUCUUCUAUCUAGAUACUCUUACGCACUGUUUCAUUAG